GCGCCCUCCGCCGAUUGGGUAUGGCGCACGUGCGAGGCCUACCCGCCGCCACCUGGCCGCGCCGCUGACGGGGAGCGCUUUAUAAGCGCGAGGCCUUCCCUCACCGCACCACUCGAGCUCAGGACGCCGACGAGUGCACGUACACCUCUGUCGCGCCCCGAACACUACGCCGUCUACGCGACUACGACGACAACUUGUGAUGUUUGGACUGUUACGAUUAUAGUGAUUUUGUGAAACGUUUUAUAAACAUAUUUUUGAAGAACUCUAUUAAGUGUUAGUGAAUAUUGUGCAAGAUGCUCGUGGAGGACUCACAGACCACUCGGGCUUUGAUGACGAAGAAGUACGCACAUUGUCCGCUGAAGAAGCGGCCAGUGCUGGUGCGGGAGGAGCGGCCGGCGACACCGCCCACUACGCCGCCUCACCCCGCCCACCUGGCCACGCGACUUUACUACGAUUAUCACUGUGACACGGAAAAUGAUGAACCAGAAAAUCUUAGUACUAAACCCGAAGACCUAUCAAAAACUGGCAACUACCCAAGCAAGGCUUCAUCACCCGUUUCAACUGCAGCAGUUAAGAUGGAACCUCGCGAAUGGCCUCAACAGCAAUUGGAGUAUUUGGCCGCAUGUCGUACACGACUGGAGCCCGCUCCCGCAGAGCUCGCGCGCCCCACACCACAGUACGCCUACUUGCCGACGUUGUACGCUCCUUACCCGCUGGAGGAGCUGUACCCGGCAGCGCCUUCAUUGUCACCACCUGCGCACCCGCAACUCUAUGCGCACUACUCGCCUGCUUCACCACCGUCCUCCGUCUCGCCGCCACCUUGCCCUGAAGACUUACGCUCACCUGGAUCAGUCUCCUCUGAUUCAGGAAUAUCUGUAUCGGCUCCGCGACGACCUCGUUACCAGUGCCCCGAUUGCGCAAAGUCCUACUCAACAUAUUCUGGUCUCUCAAAACACCAACAAUACCACUGUGCCGCGGCUGAAGGAAGCCUGGCACGGAAAUCUUUCAGCUGCAAGUACUGCGCUAAGGUUUACACUUCGCUGGGAGCACUCAAGAUGCACAUUCGUACUCACACAUUGCCGUGCAAGUGCCAUCUCUGCGGCAAGGCGUUCUCGCGGCCAUGGCUGCUGCAGGGACACAUCCGCACUCACACCGGAGAGAAACCAUUCUCCUGCCAUCAUUGUCGCCGCGCUUUCGCAGACCGGUCGAAUUUGCGCGCUCAUCUUCAAACCCAUUCAGACGUAAAGAAGUACUCGUGCUCAGGGUGCGGGAAGACGUUCUCGCGCAUGUCCCUGCUGAGCAAGCACCUGGAGGGCGGGUGCGGCGUGCCCGGCGCGGCGCCCUACGAGUACCGGCCCGAGGCGCUGCCCGCGCCGCACUCGCACCAGCCGCUGCCGCCGCCCGCUCCUGUGCACGCCUAUUGAAAAGACUGAGCCCCGCAGGAUUCUCGAUCUCGUAUUUAGUACAUUCUCUAAAUGUAAGCGACGACGCAUCUAGCUUAAAGACGCUCUAGUUAUAGUAUUUAAAAUUAAAUUAUUUUUGUAAAUCUUUAAAUCUCAUUGUGUGUAAAUUUAUAUUUCUACGUUUCAAGUAUAGGGGACCAAUGUAAAUUUAGACUUUCUAAAAUGAGUUAGACUUAAGUUACUGUAAGGUAAUAUUUAGUCACGUCGAUCGUGGCUUCGCUAGUCAUAUGGCAUUUGCCGAGUGUCAUACACUUUUUAAAAAUAUAUUCGUAUCCUAAGCCAUGUACAAAGUGCCUUAAGUAUAAAUGAUUAAUAUAUUCUGAAGAAAGUAUAACAUUAUGCUGUUAUUUUAAUGUAUUGUAUUAAAAUAAUACUUAUCAAUGAGGCUAUAGUUAAGCCGUUUGUCGAAUUGCGUUCCUUUCUGUUACCUCCAUACACAGAAAAUUAAACAUGUCAUAAACUGAA